ACGAUAUAAGGUCAUAUCGGAAUCUUAAAACAUUACUAACAAUUUUUCAAAAUGGAAAGGUGCUAUUGUAAUUUUAUUUCAUGUUUUGUAGUGAUCGUCCUUGCCAUAAGUGAAAUCGAAUCUUACCGUCGAAAAUGUAAUUUAGAUUGUGAAGUUGGCGAAAAGUGCGUAUUAAAAAGGAGUACAUGUUCAUACCCACCGUGUUCAAAAUAUCCCGUAUGUGUAGAAAUAGAUAGUAACAGUACAGAAGAAAUAACAAGAACACGUUCGGGUACUUGCCCUGAAAUUGUAACACCCGGACCAUGUAUGGAACAAUGCCAAAAUGACGGAGACUGUCGACAUAGUGAAAAAUGUUGUUUCAAUGGCUGUGGAAAUACAUGUAGAUCAGUAGUCCCUGUGAUAGUAGGAAAACCGGGUUCCUGUCCAUGGGAUUUACGACGACAGCCAUUGUGUGGAAUGGACUGUUCAAGUGACUCACACUGCCCAGGCAGUGAAAAGUGUUGUCUAACGGCAUGCGGUAGUACAUGUUCAAGACCUUGUUACCAUUGGUUACAAAGAGGUAGCUAUGAAGGAGUUGGAAAUGCAAUUUGGUCUUUGCCAUACCAGUGCCGUCCAGCAUUUUAACGCUAAGCUCAAUACUCAAAAAUGUUUCUGUGAUUAAAAUACUUUGUGAUUUCAAAAAUAGUUUUACUCUAGCUUUGCAAGUUCUUAAAAUGCAUUUAAUUAAGGAAUGACUGUAAUAUUUUUUUCUGUCUGUGAAGAAAUAACAUCAUAAAUGUGGUGCACACUGAAUAACACGCGUAGCGGGUUAUUUAACAGUGUGCACCACAUU